AUGACUAAACGGGGACAUGUUGAUUAUGAUAAAUUAUACAAAAUGAGACCUUUGAUCAACAAACUAAAUGAAAAGUAUUUUUCAAAUUUCAACCCAUCUAGAAAUAUUGCUAUAGAUGAAAGUAUGACUGGAUACCUACUACAGUUUGAAGUAUACCAAGGCAAGCAAGAUCUAGAAAUUGGCCUAGGAGAAAAAGUUGUGAUACAUUUAGCUAAUCUUUAUGACAACAGAGGAUAUUAUUUUUAUUUUGAUGGAUUUUUCAGUAAUAUUCCCAUGGUGAAAAGUAUGGUUGAGAAAAAUAAUUUUGCAUGUGGUACUAUCAAAUCAAAUAAAAAAUAUUUUCCAUCUAGUGUUUUAAAAGAUGACAAAGAACUAAAACAAGGUCAGUUUGAUGUAGUUACUUCUUUACCUAUAAAUAUUUGUUAA